AUGACGCAAUCGUCCACAAUUCAAGUUAUCUGCCCUAGUACGCAACAAGUCGUUUAUGAAGUGAAUGCCCUUACGCAAACAGAGGUUGAUAAAGCUGUAGAGACAUCUCUACAAGCCUUUCAACAAUGGAAGAAAGUACCCUUAAGCGAUCGUAUAGAAUGUAUGAAAAAGUUUUGUACUCUAUUUGAACAAAAGAAGGACGAAGUAGCCCGGUCUAUUACCUCUCAAAUGGGUCGCCCCAUCCGCUACGGGCAUGGUGAAGUGAAAGGCGUCCUCGAAAGAGCCAACUAUAUGAUUUCUGUGGCCGAGGAGAGUCUUCAAGAUGAUAUCAUCGAGUAUAUUCCCGGCAAGGUGAAAAGGUUCCAACGCAAAGAGCCUUUAGGUCCUGUCUUCUUGAUUGCUGCUUGGAAUUAUCCUUUUCUGACGACUGUAAACAACAUCAUCCCCGCCUUGAUAGCAGGCAAUACUGUUCUUUUGAAGCAAUCACCUCAAGCCCUUCAGUGUGCAGACAUAUUUGUGGAGACACUAAGAGAGGCCGGCAUACCUCACGAUGUUGUUCAAGUGGUUCAUUUGCAGGAUAAGGAAGCGAAUUAUCUCGUUCAGCAUCCAUCUAUUCAAUUUGUCAAUUUUACAGGCAGUGUGGCUGUUGGCAAGAAGAUAAGACAAACUAUUGGUGAUAGUCAACAACUUAAAGGUUGUGGCAUGGAGUUGGGUGGAAAGGAUCCUGCCUAUAUCCUGCCUGAUACAGAUUUGGAUUUUGCCGUAGAAAAUAUUAUUGACGGCGCUUUUUUCAAUUCUGGACAAUGCUGUUGUUCAAUUGAGCGUUGCUAUGUGCAUGAAAAAAUCUAUGAUGCAUUCGUUGAGAAGGUUGUUGCUAUGACCAAGAAUUAUGUCCUCGGGGAUCCUUUUAAGCAAGAAACAACACUAGGACCUAUGGCAAAUAUUAGAUUUGCUAAUAAUGUGCGUUCUCAGCUUAAAGACGCACUUGAUAAAGGAGCCAAGCCAUUGAUAAACACCAAGGAAGUGUUUCCCAUGGAAAAGGAAGAAACAUGCUAUAUUGGACCUCAAAUUUUAGUCAAUGUAAAUCAUGAUAUGCUUAUCAUGACAGAAGAAACAUUCGGACCUAUACUGGGCAUAAUGAAAGUAUCAUCAGAUGACGAAGCUGUCAGGUUGAUGAAUGAUUCAAGGUAUGGUUUGACAGCGAGUAUCUGGACUUCAAAUGAAGAGAAAGCCAUUGAAAUUGGUGAUCGAAUUGAAACGGGUACUUGGUAUAUGAACCGUUGUGAUUACAUUGAUCCUGCUUUAGCUUGGGUCGGAGCUAAAGAAAGCGGCUUAGGGUUUUCAAUGAGUAAGCACGGCUAUAGCCAAUUUACCAGAAACUUUUUUCAUUUGAUUUCCUCCCCGUUAUCUUUUCUAUUACUUAAACAUAUUCUUAACUUAAUAUGGGUAUUCCCAAAUUUUUCAGAUGGAUUAGGUACGUAUAAACCUAUAUUGUGCUAUGAAAGCGUACCGUAUAGUAAUAUUAUGUUUUUUCUUUGCACGUUAAAAAGCGAACGCUAUCCUAUGUGUUCACAACUGAUCACUGACAAGGCCAUACCAGAAUUCGAUAAUCUAUACCUUGACAUGAAUGGCAUUAUCCACAAUUGUUCACAUAACAACAAUACCAAUGCUCAUUUCAGAAUUACUGAAGAACAAAUUUGGCUGCAGGUAUUCAACUAUGUUGAUCACUUGUUCUCCAAAAUCAAGCCAAAGAAAUUCUUUUUUAUGGCUGUUGAUGGUGUUGCGCCCAGAGCCAAGAUGAACCAACAACGAUCGCGUCGUUUCCGUACUGCUAGAGACGCUGAAGAAGAGAGAAAAAAAGCUUUAGCAAGAGGGGAAGAGUUACCCGAUGUAGAAGCAUUUGACUCUAAUUGUAUCACACCUGGAACACAAUUCAUGAGGAAAUUAACUGCACAACUUCGCUAUUUCAUUAACAAAAAAGUAUCUGAAGACGCCAAUUGGCGUAACGUGGAAAUUGUGCUAUCAGGUCCUGAUGUUCCUGGUGAAGGCGAGCACAAGAUUAUGGAGUAUAUUCGUUUAUCCAAAGCACAGCCUGAUUAUGAUCCCAAUACCAGACAUUGUUUGUAUGGUUUGGAUGCUGAUUUAAUUAUGCUUGGCUUGUUGAGCCACGAUCCUCAUUUUGCUCUUUUGCGUGAGGAAGUAUCUUUCGGUCGUCAGAAUCAAAAGAAAAAGACUUUGGAUAGCCAAAACUUUUACUUGAUGCAUUUAUCAUUAAUGAGGGAAUACUUGGAUCUUGAAUUCAACAGUUUACGGGCUUCUCUUUCUUUUCCCUACGAUUUUGAACGUGUUUUGGAUGACUUUAUCUUGAUGGCUCUAUUUGUAGGUAACGAUUUCUUGCCUAAUUUACCCAACUUGCAUAUCAACGAAGGUGCAUUGGGUCUUGUUUUCAAAAUCUAUAAAGAAACCCUACCAACUUGUGAGGGGUAUAUUCAGGAUGGCGGAAGAGUGAAUAUGGAGAGACUUGAAAGGAUACUGUCAAAGAUUGCUGAGGUUGUAGAAAAAGAAGCUUUUGAAAUGGAAGCUACAGACCUUCUAUAUUUACGCGGUAAAGGUGAAGAUGGUCAACCAGAACGUCAAUUACUACACGAGCUAGAAAAAAAGAAAGCCAAACAAGGGAAAAUGGUGAUUACAGAUAAGCAAGAACUCAUCUUCCGUCAAGUCAGCAAAGAACUUGUCAAAGAAACAACACGUAAAGGUGUUACGCUCAAGUUUGAUAUGCCCUUUAAGUCUCGUGAUAAGAAAUUUAUGGAAAAAUUAGCUGAUGAUUUGAAUAUGGUUGCUCAGUUUGACUAUGAUGAAGAUACUAAAUCCACCUUCGUCGAACUUUCUUUUGAUACCGACGAAGAUACCAUGGACGAUAACGAGUCUGACAUAUCAGAACUCGAUGAGGAAGCAAUUGCCGCUCGCGAUCGUGUGCUACGUAAAUAUGAAGAUGCUGAGAUUAUUCCUGAUAAUUUGACUAAGGAAGAUAUUGAACGUCAAGAAAAGGAGCAGUUUGAAGCAGAUUUGAAAGAAUGGAAGGCCAGUUACUAUAAGGAAAAGAUGGACAUUGAUAUCGAUGAUAGCAAAGCUAUGGACGAUUUAGUAGGUUCUUAUAUUGUCGGUAUUCAAUGGGUUCUCAAGUAUUAUUAUGAAGGUGUAGCUUCUUGGGGUUGGUUCUUCCCAUACCAUUAUGCACCGAAAAUGUCAGAUUUGAAGAAUAUUGGGCGAUUUUCUGACCAUCAAUUCACUCUUGGUGAACCAUUUAAACCUUUCGAGCAAUUGAUGGGUGUUUUGCCUAGCUUGAGUAAAAAACUGCUACCUACUGCUUAUCAGGACUUGAUGACAGAUCCUGAUUCACCUAUUAUUGAUUUCUACCCUCGGCAAUUUUCCAUGGAUAUGAACGGAAAGAAGCAAGAUUGGGAGGCUAUUGUCAAAAUUCCUUUCAUUGAUGAGAAGCGUUUAUUGGCAGCCAUGAAAAGCCGUGAGCAUCGUUUGACAAAGGAAGAGGUCGCCAUGUCUAAAUCUGGUCCUAGCUACAAAUACAUCUUCAACAAAGCCCUGGAAAAUAUCGACCGUGAACAAUUGCCUGUGUUUCCCAGCCCAUUGCCUGGUGUCUUCCCUGAUGUUCAUCACUGUCUUGCUCGUGAAGAAGUCUACCAUCUUCCUCAAUUGACUGAUACGAUUCAGCUCAGGAAGGGAUUGUUGCCAGGAGCAAAGUUUGGUAAAGAUGCUUUGGCCGGUUUUCCCUCAUUACAAACUAUUCCGUUUAGUCAUGAAAUCAAGCACCACUCUGUUCAUGUCUUUCAACAAGAUAGUCGUAAUGAAUCAGUCCUCAUUCAUCUCAACAAUAAGUUCCGUGGUGCAAAUAUUGCAGAAAUUGCUAAGCUAUUCCUUUACAGAAGCGUCUAUGUUCAUUAUCCUUAUCUGCAAGAGGCUGUUGUUAUCGGUGUUUCUGAUGCAGAGAAAAAGUAUUACGUAUCCUUCAGAGACGGUAAGAAGCAGAUCCUCGAGCAUUUCUGGGACAAUAAGGAAAAGGAAUCUUGGGAGUCUCGUAUGGGUCGUGCCGAAUAUCUUCCCAGCAAGCGUUUCGGUCUAAUUGUCGGUGAUAUUGAGGUCGGUUUCCAUGUCUGUACUCUGAACGGUAUGCAUCAAACGGAAGAAGGUGCUCUUGUUAAAGAAUUUGUUAACCCCUCUAUGGAAGACCUUAUACCUAUUCAAACGGUGGUUAUCAAGGUAGCCAAUCCUGACCCACGAUUUAUGGAAAAGCCUGCUCCUGCUGUACAAGAGAGCUUCCCUUUGAAAUCGUCAGCCUUUUUCUUGGGCAGUAAGUUCUUAGGUUCUCAAGUUACAGUAGUAGGUCAUCGCAAGGGCAACGUUGAUAUUGAGAUGACCGUUCCUAUCAAUGAGAAAUACCAACACGAGCCUGAAUUUGGACAUGACAUGACUCGCAAACAAGAACUAGAGGUUCAGUUCGUGUCUGCACAAGACCUCUGUCGUAAGCUCAGUAUACAUCCUUUAACUUUAUCCAAGAUUACUUCCUCCCUGACGGUGAAUGAGAAGAGCGGUCAACGUAUAAACGUAGGUCUCAGCUUAAAAUUCGACGGCCGUGGAGAAAAAGUGUUGGGGUACACUCGCAAACAUCCUGUUGGCUAUUGGGAAUAUUCUGGAGCUGCUGUAGCCCUUAUCAAAGAAUAUUGUGAAGCAUUCCCUAAAUUUAUUGCAUUGCUCAGCAGUCAAAAUGGUGGGGGAAUGCUCAGUGUUGCCGAUUUUGGCUGGACAGACGAUGGUUCUAAGGCCCUUCAUGAAAUGAGAGAAUUUAUCAAAAAUAAGGGUAUUAAUAAUUUGACACGUGCUCGUUUGGAUGAAGAUGAAUUGGAAGAGAAAUAUUGCAAAGAAAUUGAAAAUGCUGCAACUUGCUACCAUGAAUUAUAUGAAAACCUAGAUCUCAAGAAAGUAAUCAUUAGAGGUGUUCCUCGUAAGGUGUUGUUGAAGCCUGCCGAUGCUGAAGUCCGUUUGAACUAUCAAACCUUUUCUUUGGGUGAUCGUGUUGUCUAUGCCUGCGAGACUGGCCAAGUGCCUAUUGCUACAAAGGGUACAGUGGUGAGUGUCCGCGAAAAGACAAUCGAUGUUAUCUUUGAUUCGACAUUCAUGAGCGGAACUGACCUUGGUGGAAAAUGUUCCGAGUUUAGAGGCGCAACUCUAUCUUUCAACACUGUAAUCAAUGUCAGCAACCCCUCUCAUCAAAAUACUGCACAAACUCAAAACCUUCAAAGCCGAAAUACACAAGAUGGCCGUGGUCAGAAUCAUACUGACAGCAAUCGUACCAAUAAUCGCCAUCAUGAUUCUCCUCGUGGCGGUCGUGGCGGUCGCGGCGGUCGUGGAGGCUUCAGAGGACGUGUCCGCGGUAGAGACCAUCACGCGUAA